AUGAUAGAGGCUCGCACCGUGACUUCAGGCGCAACAGGCCGCAACGGAGGCCACACAAAGGCCGCAUCGUACCGGUCAUUCCUCCACCACGCGACCACUCUCGGCACCGAAGCUGCAUGUCUCAUCGCACGUCUUGAGCUUGCCAACGUCCGCGCCGUUCAUAGUUUCGCGGCGACUCAUCUGAAAGACAAAGGAACAGAGAGCAGACCCUGCCAGACUGUCGACGUGAUAUACGAUGCUGUCCAGUGGGAGGCAGCGAAACAGGCCGUCGAAGCGAUGAGGAAAGCGAUGCCUAACGAGGAUGCUUCGCGGUACGAACUCUACGAUGCUGAGGAGACGCAAAAACGGUUCCACGUUUCGGGCGAGGGGCUACAUGGUGGUGUGGCAUAUGAGGCCGGGAGCAUCUCCGCGUACAGCUUCACCACCGGCGUGCUGGAGCUGUGUGUCAACAAGGGCCUGAAGCUUUUCACAGAGACACCCGCAGUCAGCGUUAAGAAGCUUGCCGAAACUGCUGUAGACGGCCAUCGGUGGGCCGUGGAAACGCCCAAAGGACAUAUCGCAGCGCGGAAGGUGGUGUUUGCGACCAACGGCUACACGGCCUUCCUCGACCCGCGGUUCCAAGAGUCCAUCGUGCCAAUGCGCGGACAGAUCACGGCUCACCGGCCAGGCUCAAACAUGCCGAAAGGAGGCCUGGCGACAACGUACAGCUUCAUCUACGAAGCCGGUUACGAGUACAUGAUUCCUAAGCCGCCGGGAACGCAGUUUGCUGGCGACAUCGUUAUCGGCGGCGGACUCGUCCGCGCACCGGACGAGGGGUUGAGAGAAUACGGAACCACGGACGACUCGCAGCUGAACCCCAUCAUUAGCACGUACCUAUACGAGACCACACCGCGCUAUUUUGGCGGCAAUUGGGGCAAAGAUGACCCCGAAGGACGAGUGCGCGCUGAGUGGACCGGCAUCAUGGGCUUUAGCCCGGAUGGGUUCCCCUUCGUGGGACAAAUGCCUGGCGAAGAGGGGCUCUGGGUCUCUGCGAGUUUCCAAGGCCAUGGCAUGGUGCUCUGCUGGAUGUGUGCAAAGGCUCUGGCCGUCAUGCUCGAGGGGACCGAGGAGGAGAAGCAGCAGCUCGACAGCUGGUUCCCCGACGCCUUCAGAGUCACUUCUGCACGGCUAGAGCAGAGAUUUACAGGGACAGUGAACCACUCAACAUCAGGACCCGCUGAACGGGGUUUAGGACAAAAUUGA